UCACAAAGGUCCACCUCCUCCCUGCUGUAUCCUGGAGGGAGGGAGAGAAAGAGAGAGAGAGAGAGAGGAUCAAGGUCAGAUGAGUUCCAUACAGAGUGACAAAGGCAGUGUGCAUAAUUAAAGAGUAGAGCAAGAAGCAUGAGGACAGUGAGGGAGAGGAGCCACAUCAGGGAGCGCUAAGGAGGCUGCGAGGGAGCGAGAGAGGAAACACAGGUGGGAGGACAUAGGAAGCAUAAAAGGGAGGGAAAGAAAGAAGACAAGGAGACAGAGAUUAAGAUGGCUGAGCCGGAGCUGAAGUCACGGAGCUGCCAGGAGAGCGCGGCUAAGUCGCUGAGCCAGGAGAAGAGCGGGGCCGCUGAAGCAGAUUUGGACGAGAAUGGUCCGACUGCACCAAGGCCCUCGUCUUCUUUGACCCCGAUGGUCUCUGCAUCCGCUGCCGCCAGCCCCACCGACGGCUCCGCCCCCAAGGGGGAGAAGAUCGAACUCAAGCGCAGCAUCACCCUCUUCAACGGGGUGGGAAUGAUCAUCGGCACCAUCAUCGGAUCGGGCAUUUUUGUCACUCCGACCGGCGUGGUCAAAGAGACGGGUUCAGCUGGGCUCUCGCUGAUCGUGUGGGCCGCCUGUGGCGUGGUGUCAACCAUGGGCGCCCUCUGCUAUGCUGAGCUGGGCACAACCAUUGCCAAGUCUGGGGGUGACUACACAUACAUUCUGGAGGUGUACGGCGAACUGGCCGCGUUCCUGAAGUUGUGGAUGGAGAUGUUGAUUAUCCGACCGUCCUCGCAGUACGUGGUCUCGCUGGUGUUUGCCACCUACCUCCUGAAGCCCCUCUACCCACACUGCUCUGUGCCUGACGGCGCCGCCAAGCUCAUUGCCUGCCUCUGUCUUACUUCUCUGACGUUCAUAAACUGCAUCAGCGUGAGAGCGGCCACCAAAGUCCAGGAUCUGUUCACCGCUUCCAAGCUGCUUGCUCUGAUCAUCAUCAUCCUGUUCGGCUUUGUCCAGGUUUUUACAGGUGACGUGCCAUAUCUGACCCCGGAAAAGGCGUUUGAAGGCAGCAAAUUGGGAGUGGACAAUAUUGUUUUGGCUCUCUACAGCGGCCUCUUUGCUUUUGGAGGCUGGAAUUACUUAAAUUAUGUAACUGAGGAGAUGAUCAAUCCAGAGAGGAACCUGCCCCUGUCCAUCAUCAUAUCCAUGCCCAUUGUGACGGUGGUGUACGUCCUGACCAACAUGGCGUACUUCACCACCAUCUCUCCUCAGAUGAUGAUUGAAUCGGAGGCGGUUGCCGUGAGUUUUGGGGAGUACCACCUGGGUGUGAUGUCCUGGCUGAUUCCGGUGUUUGUGGGACUUUCCUGCUUUGGAGCCGUCAAUGGAUCCCUGUUCACCUCGGCGCGGUUGUUCUACGCCGGCGCUCGAGAAGGUCACCUGCCUGCAGCUUUGGGUUUGGUUCACACUGACCUCUUCACACCUGUUCCGUCUCUCAUCUUCACAUGCGCUCUGUCCAUGAUGUACACCCUGUCUCAGGACAUCUUCUCUGUCAUCAACCUCUUCAGCUUCUUCACCUGGUUGUGCGUCGGUAUGGCCAUCGCCGGCAUGGUUUGGCUGCGCUGGACCAAACCUGAACUCAGAAGACCCAUUAAGGUGUGGCUCUUCAUCCCUGUGACUUUCGUCCUGAGCUGCGUAUUCAUGAUCGCCGUGUCAUUUUGGGCAGCUCCCUUUGAGUGCCUGAUUGGCAGCAGCAUCAUUCUGACAGGUAUCCCAGCGUACCUGCUGGGUUACAAGUGGAAGAAACCCCACGUGGUCAAGAAGAUGCUGGAGAUCUUCACCAUGUUCUGUCAGAAGAUCCUCAUGUCUGUUCCUGAGGAGAAGGAAGAACACCAGGUGGCUGAUUGAUACUGCAGACAGCUGACCCGAGGAAGCAUCUUUUUUUAAAUUUGGACUCCUUUGUUUCUGUUGAUCUGCUCUUUUUAACAGCUUUUGGCUGCAGCAGGUUUUUUGUUCCAGAGGACGGUUUACAUGAAUAUAUGCUGUUACGUCCAAAGUAUGUUGACCGAUUUUACACUGUAAAAAUUAUUAAAAGAAAAAAAAAAUUCCAUCCUUUCAUAGUGGAUUACAUCUGCUUCAAAAAUAUUAGGAAAUUAACGUAGAAUUACACUUUAAUUCCAGUUAAUCACUUACUGUAUCACCAGAUGCUAGAGUUUAAUAUAGAGGCUUAAAACAGCUUUAAUGUUCACAUAAAAUGUAAAAUUAGUAAUUUAGAGAUGAAAUAUUAAACAUUUUUGUUAAGAUUCACACUUCAAA